AUGCAGGGACCUAGGAAUUCCCCCAUGCUAGACAUGCUAUCCUCAAGAUCAUACCUGGAACUGUCACAAGAAGCAGAAACAUCAACAAACACGUUCGCCAGGGAACUAAGCCCCAAGAUCAAAGCCGAAUCAGAUCGUCGUCUGAGAUCCCGAAAGGAACCUAUAGCCCAAGCACCGAAGAUCCCCGACCAAGUGACCGACAGAAACUCGGCGGCUCCGGAUCUUCCCGUGCGGAAAAGAGGCCGGCCGAGAUUGGAUAUUGCCAAAGAUGCCACUGCUAUUGAGGAACGGCGUCUGCAGAUCCGACGGGCGCAACGCACUUACCGUCUUAAAAAAGAGAAUACCAUCCAGAAUCUCCGAUCUCGCGUCAAUGUACUAGAGCAGACACUACAGAAUGUAUCAAAUCUUCUAGACGGAGCCCACCGCGACGCAAUCGAUAAUCUCAACGGCGAUGCAACUCUUCAGCCAAGCGUGGAUUAUCUGGCCCACACACGAGAACUCAUCCUAGCAGAAAUAAAUCAGACCCGGUUCACCUCCUUAAAUGACGAUCUCCAACUCGAGCAUACCGGCAGUCUAUCUCGGGACAGGGACACAUUCGGCUACGAAGUGUCACAUAUGCAUUCCCAGAAGAAGAACUCUACCGUCUCCUCUCUAUACACGCGACACAACCGAGCCCGCUCGCCAUCCCCACUAAUAAACCGCCUCCUCCCAACGGCAACCAUCUACACAUACAGCCAUCAAGAAUCCAACCUCGCUCGUCGCCUCCAAAGAUUCAGCCUCGAGCACACCUAUCGCUGGCUAACUGACCCACGCACUGAGCCCGUUCUCCUAAGCCGUGUCUUUGGAUUGGUUCCUUGCAUCCACGACAUGCCAGGUAUAAGGCGCAAUUUCCGACGCACGCUGCAAUCCGAGAUCGGGAGCGGGCUUGAAUUCGUCAAGAUGCCCUUUUACACGCUCGGCGGAGCGGGGAAGCACUUCCCGCGCACCGACGCGAAUGGGCACCCCGUGUAUCCAGAGAACAGCCGGAGACCGGGGAAGAUUCUGCGACGGAUGGUGCGGAUUUUGCAGCGAGGCGGGAUUCAGGACUGGGAUGAGGAUUGGAGUGGGGAGCGGGAGCCUGUUGCUGUCACUUACGAGGGAUUGGUAGAUGAGACGCAGGUGCGGAUGAGCGAGAGCGAGAGGAUUCGCUCGCUUGAUCUUGAUGGUGAGUGGUUUGAUUGUCAUGAUGUGCAGGGGUAUCUGGAGCAUCGGGGUCUUGUGCUUGAUGGGUCGGCGGUGAGGCUCGGCGUUCCUGAGGCUUUGGUCGGGGAUUUGUAUGGAUUCUCCCCGGACAAAUCGACUGUUUCCAGUCUGUAUGCUUCGCCGGAUGGGACUACUGCCGAUAGGACGGGAUCGGAAUCCUCGACCUCAUCGUCGUAUACUCUGGACGUUGAGUGUUUCUUUGACUUACUCCUCGCAAAUCUCAGAAUUCUCGGCCGCGCGCCAGGCUUCCGAGUAUGGGAUGUAGAUGCCGCAUUGCGAUCAGCGAUCUCCCGUCGGCCCUUUGGCUAG